AUGAAGGGCAAACGCUGCACGCGACGAGAGGCAUCCAGCUGCAGCCCCGCAGACUCACCUCCGGGUAGACACCAGUGGCUGGACAACAGUGGCUGGACACCAGUGGAUGGACACCAGUGGAUGGACAGCAGACGUCAUUUCCGUAUCGUCAUUCACUUUUCUAAUUUGACGUGCCAUGCAGAUGUCAGCGCGCUUACCAGGAAAGAGGCUGAGACAUCACUCACUGAAGAUGACGAUGGAACAGCACUUACCAGGAAAGAGGCUGAGACAUCACUCACUGGAGAUGACGAUGGAACAGCACUUACCAGGAAAGAGGCUGAGACAUCAAUCACCAAAGGAGAGGUCAGAAAACCACUUACCGGAGAAAAGGAUGGAACAGCACCAUUGGCAAGCAUAAAAACUCGCAGACAGCAAACAGUAAUUUGCCCCAAAUGCAACAUGUGUAUGAACAAAAGAAAUAUGUCCAAGCACAUAUUACGUAAGCAUUCAGGUGUCCACACUCUGGAUGUCACCUCAAACUCGCAUCUGCCAAGCCAGUGCCUGGAUCAUCUAAAUGGGAUAUUUGCUGUGGUUAAAACCAUGCAUGGAUCAAGUGUGCCAUUUCAUGUCAAAAGAAAGAUCUGGGGUAACACGCAACAAGUAUACUGUGAAUCACCUCAAUGCCAGUCUAACCAUGAAUUGGCGCAACGCUCAAAGGUGGUCUCCUUUCAGUGCUCACAUGUCAGGUCAGUCGACUACUGUUCAUCAACUGCUGAAAGUGAGCACCUAAAAGAAGAUGUUUUGUCAGAGAUGGUUGCAAAGAAAUGGUUUGGAGGAGACAGAAAGGCAGAGUGCCUGAAGCUUCAAAGUCUGGCAACAUCUCAAUCGGUCCCUUUGUCUGUUGAGACCACAGUUGGUGUGCCUACUUUCAAGCAUUAUGUUUCUGUGUUUGAACCAAAGGUUUCUUAUUACUCACAUUUAAGAAGAGUGAUGGUGGUGUAUAAUGCUAGAACAAACUCUUGGCAUUGCCCUUGCAUUCAAUCCCGACGUUCGUGUCCACAUAAGUUCAUUGCUAAGUGGCACCUAUUUCAAAAGUACCCCGAACUCUUCAGAAGCAAAAAGAGCACAGAAACCUGCAUUGAAGUGGACCAGACUACUCCAGAAAAUGAUGAUGACUUGCCUGAUGGUGGUACACACUACCCCCCAAAUGGAACAAUGCUAAAAAACAUGGUUACAUACCUCUAUGAACAGAAGAAGAUCCCAGCCAUUCUUCCAAGAGAGCUUUGCUGUCAAGUCCAUGACAACGCUUUUCCGAAACUGCUGGUUCCAGAUGAGAUGUUCUGUACCUUCUGUCAUGACAAGACCCCACUCUCUGACCCAAUUCUUAUCACCUCAAAAGCUAGAAUUGUUACAAUGAAUGGCGUAGUAGAAGGUAAUAUUAGUAAUUUAUUAAUGACACUAAUGGUGUAUUCACUGCAAUUCUUACUUUUGGAACGUGAUUGUAUGUUGUCUAAUUUAAAGUAUUUUCUGAAAUGUAAAAUAUUUUUCAGACGUAUCUACAUUCUGCAAGAAGUGCAUCAUGUGUGGUGCCAUGUACCGAUAUCAAGAAUUUAAAGAUCAACUACACAACUUCAAUGACCAUGUUCUGAUAAGUCUCAAUUUGUGUCUUUUUUUGAGGAGUUCACUUCAGACCCAUUCUGCAGUGAGUCGAGUUAUUGACAGUCUGGAGAAUCUUAACGAUGUGAAGUAUCCUUCGUCAGACACAUGUCUUCAUGCAUACCUACAUUUUGAGGCCCUCUGUGACAACACAUACAACUUCUCGUGUGCUUCAUGUGGCGACCAUCCACCUGUUGUUAUUAUGGAUUUACACAAGAAAGGAGUUUUUUCCA